AUGGAGUGGCAUCCAAGCCGCUUUUUUGAGCGCAAGGGCAGUCCCUCGCCGUAUGCGCUGCUGGUGCUCAACCAGCCGAUCAAUGACAGGGCGUUUGCUGCUCUCAGCCAGCACGCGUCCUACAUAAUCUGUGCGGAUGGCGGUGCCAAUAGACUGUAUGAUAUGUUGCGAGGCAGGGAGGACGAAGCUGCGAAUCUCCCAAAUGCAAUAGUCGGCGACCUCGACUCCAUCCGCCCAGCAGUACGAGAGUACUACUCUCAGCGCGGUGUUCCGGUUCUAGAAGACCCAGACCAAUAUUCCACGGACUUCACCAAAUGUCUAAAGUACAUCAAUUCACAUGCCGCAGAGAUCCUCGCAUCUCCACGACAAGAAAAGGCAGCCUCCUCUUUCACCGGAGAGACCACGCUCGAGAUCCUAAUUCUCGGCGGGCUAGGCGGCCGCGUCGACCAGGCGUUCUCGCAGAUCCACCAUCUGUACUUGAUGACGCAGACGCAGUGGCAGCUGCACCAGACGACACAACCUGACCAGACUGCCGUAGGCGGGGAUCUCUAUCUUGUCUCUGAAGAAAGUAUUACCUUUAUUCUGCAGAGAGGGAAGAAUGUUAUCUACACCCCUGGGACACGACGGCCAGAUAUUCCACGUGCAUCCUCAACAGCACAGGCAGGAGAAGAAGAGAAGAAGUUCUUUUUUGAAGAAAACAUUGGCAUCAUUCCCCUCUCCGCACCAGCCUCGAUCACAACCCAGGGCUUCGAAUGGGAUGUAGCAGACUGGCACACCGAGAUCGGGGGGCAAAUAUCGACAAGCAACCACAUCCGCGCAGAAAAAGUAGAAGUCUCGACCUCGGUGCCGGUGUUAUUCACAAUGGAGUUGGCAGCAAGGUUAAAGAGGACGUCAUGA